AUGGAUAUUCUGAUAGAACCGGACUGUUUCAAAGUGUGCCGGAUUUGUAUGGAAAACUGCGAGGAAGAUUUUGUUUGCAUCUACGACGAGUUUGAGGACAUCGUAUUGAGUGAGAUAAUAGCGGAGUUCACGAGCGUUGACAUACAGACGCAAGAUGCUCUGCCUGGGAAUGCGUGCCGAAACUGCGCGGAAAAUAUGGUUAUCGCAUACUACAUCAUCCAAAAAUGCCGCGAGUCGGAUGCUUCGUUGCGUUCCAUCUUUCGGCACGAACUGAACUUACGCAACCGUGAACGACACGUUGCGACCGAAGAUCGGAUUACGAUGGAUCCAUCGGAUUACGAAUUUCUGCUAGCGGAUGCUUAUGACGAUAUGAUGAGGCUUGACGGUGAUCCUACGUUGCUGCUUGGAGAGCACAAUUUCACAACUUUGACCGUUGGAGCUGAUUCAACGGUUGAGCAACCACUUUCCUCGGCAGUCACCGAACAUCGAUUGCAUCGAAAUUUAUCACCUUCACAGCAGCAUGAAGAGAAGCCUAGGGCUUCGCUAAAUGCGCCAUGUGAGCAACGAGAGCCGAGCAGAGCAAUGAAAACGAUGGCCACGGUUCGCGUCUUGAACGAGGUCAACGAAGAACAUUCCUUGUCACCGAUUAUGCCAAUCAAAUGCUGCGGAUGUCGGAAAUUGUUUCAGAAUGAGCAAAGUCUGCGGGAGCACUGUGAAAAUGUACACCUGCCGCCAGAGUGGCGCAACGGGACCAGUUCUGACGACGCAUCGAACUUGCGGUGCACAGUUUGCUAUCGCGAAUUUAGUAGCCUUCAGCUGUUGAAGAACCACCAACGUACAACCAAUAGGAAGUUCGUUUGUCCACGGUGUGGCAAACGGUUCAUGACGCAGACAAACCUCGACACGCACAGUAAGUGCCACAAUGACCGGGAGACGCACAAAUGUUGCGGAUGUAGGAUGGAAUUUGAAACAAAGCUCGACCUGAUGCGGCACUCUCACCAAGUACAUCAGCCGGAGCGUACGGAAAUAGCCGACAAACCAUUUGAAUGUGAAACAUGCUUCCGACGCUAUCCGACACGCAAGUCACUCGCUACCCAUCAACGCAUGACUCGUCAGUUUCAGUGCCGAAGCUGCGGUGCUAUUUUCAUGAAACAAUUGUUUCUGUCGCUGCAUCUCGAGCGAACUCAUCGACAAGAGGUUGAGCAACAACAGAAACAUCAAUGCUGCGGGGGAUGCCGUGGCGAGUUUGCAGAUCUAGAUGCCCUAAGGGAACACUCGAAUCAAAUUCAUGGAAAAGAGAAAGAUCAAGAAGAACUGCAAGGAACCAACGUGGAAACAACUCGGCCUUUCCAAUGCCCGACCUGUCGUAAACGAUUUUCGAGCGCCAAUACCCUGCUGCAGCAUCGACAGAAGGUGUUUCGCAAGAAGUGCUGCACUUGCGCGAUAUGCGGUCGCACGUUCAGUCGGGCAAACGAUCUUUCCAACCACAGCACAACGCACUCGAACGAGAUGCCGUUCGAAUGUAGUAUAUGCGGGCGGAGGUUUAAAAACAAAAUUUACCUCAAAAACCAUCACAAGCUGCAUGCCAGCGACGCCAAAGAACAUGCCUGUCGCCAGUGUGGUAAGUGCUUCCGCACAAAAGAUCUACUGAAGACGCACCUGAUAAGCCACUCGCAGGAGCGCAAGUACGGGUGCACAAUAUGUGGCGCUACCUUCAAGCGGCUGCAAUGUCUCAAGAUACACAAACGUGUACAUACGCGCGAAAAGAAAUACGAGUGCACGGUGUGUCGGAAGUGUUACGUCCAAGCAUCAGACUUGAAGCGUCACAUGCUAAUACACAAUCCGGGUGACGAGAGUAAACCUUUUCAAUGUGAGUACUGCUUACGCCGCUAUCCACGAAAAGAUUAUCUAAAGGUUCAUAUACGCCGUCAGCAUCCGGAAAAACGGACAGACCAAACACAAAUACUUCGCGAUGAAAUGGAUCUGUGCUUCACUGUUGCUAAUGUUUCGGAACCAGUAAAUGGUAACGUUAAUUACGAUCCAGUUCUCGAUAUUGUGUCUUCAUGAUAAAAUUAUUACCUAAACUAGAGCAUCGCGAGAACAUGAACAAUUUAAAAAUCUAUGUAAAAAAAUCCGCCACUCAUCCAAUUUGAUAAAAAUUAAAACCGCACGGCCUUAAAACCAUGUCAAAUCCUCGUCCUUAGAUCCUUCGCAAACGAAGGAUUCGCAGCUCAAAAG